AUGGAUAGUCCUUCCUCUGCUACUUCGGGAGGAUUGAAACUUUGGGGUUAUAAAGAUGCUGAAAAGGAUCUGCUUUAUGAGGAUGCUAAAAAAAGCCUUGAAAGAUACGGCAGAGGAAUGUUAAGUGUUGAACGACCAAACUUAGCUUUUAUUUCAGGCCUUAAAAGAUGCUAUCCUGAUAUUUUUACUUUCAAAGAUGCUGAUGACAAAGACAUUACUGAAAAGAUAAUGGAGGAAAUAUACCAAGCGGAGAAAGCAGAAGAAUUAGGAAGCAAAAAUGAACUUAUGGAUUUGCUUCGAAAGACUGCUCAUGAAAUAAGUGAUAAACAAACCUACGAAAUAGAUGGAACGAAGUAUUUUUUAGCAGAGAAGGAUUUAGGUUUUAAGUAUUUAGAAUUAUUCUUUAAUGAUACUUGUAAUUGCGAGACACCAAGUUAUUAUUCACAUUUACAACUUACUAAUAAUUGUUUAGAAACCAAGGAACAAGUUAUAGAGUUCAGAGAUAAGGUGCUUAAAGUUAUGGAUGAUAAAAUUGAAGAACUUCGUGAGAGUGAAAAGAAAAAUGGUUCUAAACCAAUUUCCUUAUCUGACUAUGAAAAGAGUUCAGAAUUAGGAGGUUUAAAAAGUAAUGCUUCUAGGGAAAUAAGUGAUAAGUUAAUGAAUUUAG